AAAUUUACCCCGUUUGCUUCGUGUUCUCUCGGCCGGUCUGACAGUGACUUCGAUUCAUCAAGACACGAUGUCGAAACAGCAGGAGGUGGACUUUGUCAGUCUGGCACUGGGCAGAAGCGGAUCCUCGUUCUGUGUCUGGCGUUGGCGUUGUCCGCGGCUGGUCCGGUUGGAAGUGACCCGGUGGAUCCGAGUCGCCAUCUGAGUGCCGCUGCGAUGCACGGAGAGGCCGUCCUUUUCUUCGCCACCCACUUGGGCUCGCUGAGGGAUCAGGAGUACAACCCCAUCGUCUUGGACCAGGUGUUGGUCAACGUGGGCGCCGGGUACGACGUGACCACGGGGGUGUUCACUGCGCCCGUCUCUGGGGUCUACCAGUUUGUCUUCGCGGCGCAGCUCUGCCGCGGAGACCACAACAACUUGUGGGAGUUCAGACUGACCGGAGGAAGGACCGGGAUGGUCUGCCACGCACAGGUGUCAGACGGAACCACGACCCUCAACACAUGCUACUACAUGGUGGAGCUGCAGAAGGGAGACCGGGUCUGGAUGUGCCAGAGGGCCAACAGUUGUGCCUGGGCCAGCUCCAGGUCCAGAACCAUCAACUUCUCAGGGGUCCUUUUGUCUAGUGCGGGGGCGUCCAGGCUGGGGGGGGCGUCCAGCUCCUGCCCGCUGACCUUCAUGAACGUCAGAGUGUCACGCUCCGCUGAUCUGAGACCUGCUCCUGCAUGCCUGGUUCUCACCCUGGUCCUGGUCUUCCACCUGAUGCUGGACUUUCGAGCGUGAUAUGGAGGCCUCAGGUUGAUAAUCCUGAUCCGGUAGAGGUUCAUUCUUCCUUUCUGAGGAUCAUCUCGGGACAUAUAUCCUCACAAACUGUGCACUCUAGAACAUGACGUGAGAUAAACAACAAAUAAAGGCAAAAUGAACACUG